GCGGUUCUCCUGGGACGCAGCGGCGUCCUCCUGGCCCCCACCCUGUCCUGCUGAGCGGCCAAGCGCCCCUGGGCCGCGCUGGAGGCUGCACAGUGCCGGCCACUCAGAACUGGGGCGCAGCCGGAACCGCGCGGACAUGUCAUUCCGCAAGGUGGUCCGGCAGAGCAAAUUCCGGCACGUGUUCGGGCAGCCGGUCAAGAAUGACCAGUGCUACGAGGACAUCCGAGUGUCCCGCGUCACCUGGGACAGCACUUUCUGCGCUGUCAACCCCAAGUUCCUGGCAGUGAUUGUAGAGGCCAGCGGCGGGGGUGCCUUCCUGGUGCUCCCCCUACACAAGACAGGCCGCAUCGACAAGGCCUACCCGACAGUGUGUGGGCACACGGGACCCGUCCUGGACAUUGACUGGUGUCCCCACAAUGAUGAGGUCAUUGCCAGCGGCUCCGAGGACUGCACGGUCAUGGUGUGGCAGAUCCCCGAGAACGGGCUGGUCUCCCCGCUCACCGAGCCCGUGGUGGUGCUUGAGGGUCACACCAAGCGAGUGGGCAUCGUCACCUGGCACCCUACUGCCCGGAACGUGCUACUCAGCGCAGGCUGUGACAACGUGGUGCUCAUCUGGAACGUGGGCACAGCCGAGGAGCUGUACCGCCUGGACAGCCUGCACCCCGACCUCAUCUACAACGUCAGCUGGAACCGCGACGGCAGCCUCUUCUGCUCUGCCUGCAAAGACAAGAGUGUGCGCAUCAUCGACCCUCGCCGCGGCACCCUCGUGGCAGAGCGGGAGAAGGCCCAUGAGGGCGCGCGGCCCAUGCGGGCCAUCUUCCUGGCUGAUGGCAAGGUGUUUACCACGGGCUUCAGCCGCAUGAGUGAGCGGCAGCUGGCGCUCUGGGACCCGGGCAACCUUGAGGAGCCUAUGGCCCUGCAGGAGCUGGACUCAAGCAACGGGGCCCUGCUGCCUUUCUAUGACCCCGACACUGGUGUGGUCUACGUGUGCGGCAAGGGCGACUCCAGCAUCCGGUACUUUGAGAUCACGGAUGAGCCCCCCUACAUCCACUUCCUGAACACCUUCACCAGCAAGGAACCCCAGAGAGGCAUGGGCAGCAUGCCCAAGAGGGGCCUGGAGGUCAGCAAGUGCGAGAUUGCCCGGUUCUACAAACUCCAUGAGCGCAAGUGUGAGCCCAUUGUCAUGACCGUGCCAAGAAAGUCGGACCUCUUCCAGGACGAUCUCUACCCAGACACAGCUGGGCCCGAGGCAGCCCUGGAGGCCGAGGAGUGGGUGAGCGGGCGGGACGCUGGUCCUGUCCUCAUCUCUCUACGGGAAGCCUACGUGCCCAGCAAACAGCGGGACCUGAAGGUCAGCCGGCGCAACGUGCUGUCGGACAGCCGGCCCACCAGCACCGGCCGCCCGGGCGCCUCCGCGGCCGCCCCUGCCCCCGCGGCCGAGGCCACGCCCAGCAGCAUGCUCACGGGAGCCGGGCAGGAGGCUGGGAAGCUGGAGGAGGUGAUGCAGGAGCUGCGGGCUCUUCGGGCGCUGGUGCGGGAGCAGGGUGAGCGCAUCAGCCGCCUGGAGGAGCAGCUGGGCCGCAUGGAGAACGGGGAGGCCUAGUGAGCGUGGCCCACGCCUACUGCCCCACGCUGCCGCAGCCCCCUCACCCGUCACUCAGCUUCUGCUGGCAGGUCACACCAGGCUGCUGGCCACGCGGGGCGUGGAGGGGGUGC